AUGGACGACUACUAUGACCCAGACUGGCCUCCGGGCACGGUCAAGCUACAACAGCUACUCGAUAGAGAUACAAAAGACUCAGAGAUUAUUCUCCAGCCGCGUCCAACUGACAAUCCGAACGACCCUCUGAACUGGUCAAAAUGGCAGAAGGGCAUCAACUACUUCCUGGCUUCGUUCUACGCCAUGAUGGUCUACGCCUUCGUCAACGCGACUUCGCCAACAUGGGGCCCAAUGGGCACUGAACUCAACUUCUCCCCGUCCACCUUGACGAACACCUACGCCAUUGGAUGUGCCACGCUUGCUCUGGGAGCGCCAAUGCUCAUCCCCUUCGCACUGAAAUACGGAUCAAGACCGGUAUACGUCUUCAGCAGUCUGGCCCAGUUCGCAAUCUCAAUCUGGGCGGCCAAGACGCAGACAGCCGGUGACUGGUGGGGCGUCAACGCACUCCAGUGCUGGUUGGGAGCGCUCUGUGAGGUUCUGAUUCAGAUGACGAUUGCGGACAUGUACUUCGUGCACCAGCGUGGCCUAAUGAACUCGAUCUACAUCUGGGUCCUGAACAUGGGUGGCAAUCUUGCUGUUGUCGCCGCUGGCUUCAUCACCGUGGAUCAAGGUUGGAGGUGGGUGUGGUGGUGGUGCGCGAUCUUCUUUGCCGUCCAGCUUAUCAUGUUCGUCUUCGGGUUUGAAGAGACCAAGUUCAUGCAUGUCGGGACUCUGGAGGGAAGACAGGGAAGCGUCGUCUCCGAAUCUCAACCAAAGCAAGGCUCUGGACCAACCGAUGACAAGGACAGCAAAGAUCCAACAUACGGCGGAGCGUCUCCAGAUGCAGAAGCCGGUUCGAACGAAGAGACGACACGCAAGCUCAGCACCAUCCAAGUCAACCCUGCCAUCCCACGCAAGACCUACUGGCAGAAGCUGUCGCUCCUCACGACCUCUCCCGGGAACUGGUCACACUUCCUCCGGCACUCCUACCAACCAUUCAUGAUCCUCGGCACAAUACCAGGCGUGCUCUUCUGCUCCCUCUGCUACGCCGUCCUCCUAGCCUGGAAUACCGUCAUGACCGCAGCACUCAGCCUCUACAUGCUCGACCCCCCCUACAGCUUCUCCGCCUCGCAAAUCGGCCUCAUGAGCCUCGCUCCCUUCGUCGGCAACACCCUCGGCUCCCUCGUCUGCGGCCCCGUCUCCGACCGCAUUGCCCUCUACCUCUCCAAGCGCAAUAACGGGGUGUAUGAACCGGAGAUGAGAUUCUACGUCUUCCUCCCCUUCGUCCCCUUCCAGGUCGCCGGCGCCUUCUGGUUCGGCUACGCCCUCGAUCGCGGCAUGCCCUGGCCCCAAGUCGCCGUCGCCUACGGGCUGUGCAACUUCGGCUCCGCGCCCCUGCAGUCCCUCGCCCUCACCUACCUGCUAGACGCCUACAACGAGAUCGUUGGCGACGCGCUCACGGCGCUGACUUUCGUGCGCAACCUCUUUAGUACGAUUUUCGUCUUCGCCAUGCCGGCGUGGGUGGCCGCGGUGGGGGUGGCGAAUGUGUUUAACACGAUCGGCGCGAUUGGGAUUGUGGUGUUGAGUUUUGCUGGGUUCUUUAUUUGGAAGGGGAAGGGGUUAAGAGUGAAGACGGCGAGGGUGUAUCGGUAUUAUGCGGAGAGGCAGUUUGAUGCGCGGCCGAUGUGA